AUGGGAUCUGGGGUGGUGCGGCGCGCUCACCCCCUGCGGCUCGAGCUCCGGCUUCGCGGGCGGCGGCGGCAGCAGCGGCGGCGGCAGCAGCGGCAGCGCCUCCUCGACGGCUCCUCCAUCUUUGCGGCGGCUCCUCCGGCUCCGCUCGCCGCCGCCACCAACAACAACAUUCGGAGACGUCACUCCCGUCACGCAUGCAGUUUGCAGAAGCUGUUUACUGUGGAAGAAGAGUUUGAAGAUGAGGACUUCUUGUCUGCUGUGGAGGAUGCAGAGAACCAGUUUGCUGGCUCGCGGCCUGUGAAGGCUGGGUGCCUGAGACCCGUCUCUUCCAGGCCACAGGACUCCGUGCAGGCACAGUCUUCUGGGCAGUUGCCAUCAGGCCCCACUGCUGCUUCAGAGGCUUUGCGCCUGUCAGCUCUGGGACUCCGCCUUCCUACCUCCAGCAUGCCUGGGGCCAUCAAGGGUCCACCUUCCGUAGGAACAGCCCCCCUAAGGCCUGUCUCGACUUCUAGCAGCUGGACUGGCCAUCAGAGACAAGUGACACUGACCGAAGUGCUCAAAGAGCCAGCCAGACCCCAGACCUCCGCUUCCUGCCCCCUGCUCAGGUUUGAGAGCCAGCAACCAGUGACUGGGGGCUUCGAGGGGCCUGAACAAGAUGAAUUUGAUAAGGUCCUGGCAAGCAUGGAGCUGGAGGGGCCUGGCAUGGAGCUGGACAUUGGAGUCAGCAGUGAGGCCCCAGGAAUCCUGCCCACCUGGCAUCAGGAGGACUCAGCAGUGGCUAAAAAGGCCCGGGUAGCUGAUCUGAGCCAAAAGGGGCCCAUACCUGCUCCCCACGUACCUAGUGUCCUGUCAGCCCACAAUGAGCCUCCAGAGCCUGUUGUCCACUGUAGGACUCUACAGCCCCCCUUGAGAUCUGGUGCCACCAGCAACCUUCCCAUCCCAACUGCUUCAGUGGUUCCUGCUCAGCAGCCCCCCUGGGAAGCCUGUCGGAAGGGCCCCCCAGUUCAGGCACCACAGCCUCCCCAAGCGGCUGGCAGGCCUGUUCGGAGCAGGCCUCAAAACCAUUUCCCCGGUCACUCAUUCCAGUGUCCAAAUGCCUCCAUACCUGGCAAAUCUCAUUUUCCCGGACCACGAACUCCCAAGUCGAUCUCUUCUACUCCCUCAAGGACUAUCUCUGGAUCAUUUCCCCAGAGCCCCUUACAACCCCGAGCUCCAGUGUCUUCUGUCAAGUGUCCUCUCAGCACCCCAAAGAGCCCCCAUUCCUCCCCGGCUCCCCAGGCAGUUCUGCAGACGCCCGUCGUCACCAACCACCUGGUGCAGCUGGUCACUGCCGCCCACCGGACACCCCAGCAGCCCGCCCACGCCAAAACUCGCCGCUUCCCCGGCCCGGCCGGGGUCCUGCCUCAUCAGCACAGUGAGAAGAAUCUGGAGGAGAUCGUGGUUUCCACACCCCAGACUCCGACUCACAGUGCUCGGGCUAAAUUCCGGACAGAGAUUGUUACUAGUUCCCAGGCAUCGGCGGAGGAGGAUUUUGGGCGAGGGCCCUGGCUGGCCAUGAAAUCUGCUCUGGGCCUGGACGAGAGAGAUUCUACCUGCUUCCUCUGUACCUACAGCAUCAUCAUGGUGCUGCGGAAGGCAGCCCUGAAGCAGCUUCCCAGGAACAAGGUCCCCAACAUGGCAGUGAUGAUCAAGUCCCUGAGUCGGAGCACAAUGGACGCCAGCGUGGUUUUCAAGGACCCCACGGGAGAGAUGCAGGGCACGGUGCACAGGUUGCUGCUUGAGACCCGUCAGAGUGAGCUGAAGCCUGGCUCGGUGCUGCUGCUAAAGCAGGUUGGAGUGUUUUCUCCUUCGCUCCGAAAUCACUACCUCAACGUGACGCCCAACAACCUGGUCCGUAUUUACAGCCCAGAUUCCGGGGAUGGGAACUUCCUCAAGCCAUCUCAGCCCUUCCCCAAGAACCCAGGAAGCUUCCCUGGCAGCCUCCAUCAUGAGACUGCAAAGUCUGGAAAAGGCCUCAGAACAGCACGGAAUGCAGAGGCAGUGGCAUCCCCUGAGGAAGAACUCCCGGAAGCAGAUGACCUGGAUGGACUCCUGAGUGAGCUCCCUGAGGACUUCUUCUGUGGGAUCAGCAGCUGGGACUGCCCCACGGCAAGGCCCCCACCGUGA